AUGGUGAAACCUGAGUCAUCUGAAGGUGGUGCCAGUGCCAAAGAACUGGAGAAGGAGCUGUUGACAAGCCAGGGUGGUGAGGAGCUGGAGAAAGUGCUGUUUUUGCGGACUUUUAUGCACUGCUACACCUGGACAUUUUACCACUGGUCGUUUAAUUUCCGAUGGCCUAGGUUUCUGGUGACAGCCCCAGGGAUCGUCAGGCCUGGAGGAAAUGUGACUAUUGGGGUAGAGCUUCUAGAACACAGCCCUUCCCAGGUCACUGUGAAGGCCGAGUUGGUCAAGAUGGCAGCCAACCUCACUGUCUCUGUCCUGGAAGCAGAAGGAGUCUUUGAAAAAGGCUCUUUCAAGACACUUAUUCUUCCAUCACUACCUCUGAACAGUGCAGAUGGGAUUUAUGAGCUGCAUGUAACUGGACGGGCCCAGGAUGAGAUUUUAUUCUCUAAUAGUACGCGCUUAUCAUUUGAGACCAAGAGAAUGACUGUCUUCAUUCAAACAGACAAGUCUCUAUACAAGCCAAAGCAGGAAGUGAAGUUUCGUAUUGUUACACUCUUCUCAGAUUUUAAACCUUAUAAAACUUCUUUAAACAUUCUAAUCAAGGACCCCAAGUCAAAUUUGAUCCAACAGUGGUUGUCAGAACAAAGUGAUCUUGGCGUUGUUUCCAAAACUUUUCAAUUGUCGUCCCAUCCAAUACUUGGUGACUGGUCCAUUCAAGUUCAAGUGAAUGACCAGACAUAUUAUCAAUCAUUUCAGGUUUCAGAAUAUGUAUUGCCCAAAUUUGAAGUUACUUUGCAGACACCAUUAUAUUGUUCUUUGAAUUCCAGGAGCUUAAAUGGUACUGUCAUAGCAAAGUAUACAUAUGGGAAGCCAGUGAAAGGAGAUGUAACACUUACAUUUUUACCUUUAUCCUUUUGGGGCAUGAAGAAAAAUAUUACAAAAAAUUUUAAGAUAAAUGGAUCUGCAAACUUCUCUUUUAAUGAUGAAGAGAUGAAAAAAGUAAUGGAUUUUUCAGAAGGGCUUUCUGAACACAUGUAUCUGUCUUCCCCUGGGCCGGUAGAAAUUUUAGCCACAGUGACAGAAUCACUUACAGGUAUCUCAAGAAAUGCAAGCUCUAAUGUAUUUUUCAAGCAACAUGAUUACAUCAUUGAAUUUUUUGAUUAUGCUACUGUCUUGAAACCAUCUCUCAACUUCACAGCCACUGUAAAGGUAACCCGUGCUGAUGGCAAUCGACUGACUUUUGAAGAAAGAAGAAAUAAUGUAGUUAUAACAGUGACACAGAAAAAUUCUUCUGAGUACUGGAGCAGAUGGGACAGUAGAAACCAGGAAACAGAAGCUGUCCAGAUCAUAAAUUAUACCCUCCCCCAAAAUGGAAUCUUUAAGAUUGAAUUCCCAAUCCUGGAUGAUUCCAGUGAGCUACAGUUGAAGGCCUCUUUUCUUAAUAGUGUGAGUAGCAUGGCAGUUCAUGGUAUGUUUAAGUCUCCCAGUAAGACAUACAUCCAGCUAAAGACAAGAGAUGAAAAUAUAAAGGUGGGAUCACCUUUUGAGUUGGUGGUUAGUGGCAACAAGCGAUUGAAGGAGUUAAGCUAUAUGGUAGUAUCCAGGGGACAGUUGGUGGCUGUAGGCAAGCAAAAUUCAACAACCUUCUCUUUAACACCCGAAAAUUCUUGGGCUCCAAAAGCCUGUAUUAUUGUGUAUUAUAUUGAAGAUGAUGGGGAAAUUAUAAAUGAUGUUCUCAAAAUUCCUGUUCAGCUUGUUUUUAAAAAUAAGAUAAAGCUGUUUUGGAGUAAAGCUCAUGCUGAACCAUCUGAGAAAGUCUCUCUUAGGAUCUCUGUGACACAGCCAGACUCGACAGUUGGGAUUGUAGCCGUUGACAAAAGCGUGAAUCUGAUGAAUGUCUCAAAUGAUAUUACAAUGGAAAAUGUGGUCCAUGAGUUGGAACUUUAUAACACAGGAUAUUAUUUAGGCAUGUUCAUGAAUUCUUUUGCAGUUUUUCAGGAAUGUGGCCUCUGGGUAUUGACAGAUGCAAACCUUUUGAAGGAUUACAUUGAUGGUGUUUAUGACAGUGUAGAAUUUGCUGAGAGAUUUGCGGAGGAAACAGAAGGAUACUUGGUACAUUUUCAUGACUUCUCUUCGGUUAGCAACCCACGUAUCAGAAAGCAUUUUCCAGAGACUUGGAUUUGGCUAGACACCAACAUGGGUUCUAGGAUUUACCAAGAAUUUGAAGUUACUGUGCCUGAUUCUAUCACUUCUUGGGUAGCCACUGCUUUCGUGAUCUCUGAAGACUUAGGUCUUGGACUAACAAGUACUCCAAUGGAGCUACAAGCCUUCCAACCAUUUUUCAUUUUUUUGAAUCUUCCCUACUCUGUUAUCAGAGGUGAAGAAUUUGCUUUGGAAGUAACCAUAUUCAAUUAUUUGAAAGAUGCCACUGAGGUUAAAGUAAUCAUUGAGAAAAGUGACAAAUUUGAUAUUCUAAUGGCUUCAAAUGAAAUAAAUGCCACAGGACACCAGCAGACCAUUCUGGUCCCCAGUGAGGAUGGGGCAACUGUUCUUUUCCCGGUCAAGCCCACGCAUCUGGGGGAAAUUCCUAUCCCAGUCACAGCCAUUUCACCUGCUGCUUCUGAUGCUGUCACCCAGAGGAUUUUAGUAAAGGCUGAAGGAAUAGAAAAAUCGUAUUCACAAUCCAUCUUGCUAGACUUGACUGACAACAAGUUACAAACUCCCCUGAAAACUUUGAGUUUCUCAUUUCCUCCCAACACAGUGAGUGGUAGUGAACGAGUUCAGAUCACUGCAAUUGGAGAUAUCCUCGGUUCUUCCAUCAAUGGCUUAGCCUCAUUGAUUCGGAUGCCUUAUGGCUGUGGUGAACAGAACAUGAUAAAUUUUGCUCCCAAUAUUUAUGUUUUGGAUUACCUGACUAAAAAGAGACAACUGACAGAAAACUUAAAAGAAAAAGCCCUUUCAUUUAUGAGGCAAGGUUAUCAGAGAGAACUUCUCUAUCAGAGGGAAGAUGGCUCUUUCAGUGCUUUUGGGAAUGAUGACCCUUCUGGGAGCACUUGGCUGUCAGCUUUUGUUCUAAGAUGUUUCCUUGAAGCUGAUCCUUACAUAGAUAUUGAUCAGAAUGUGUUACACAGAACAUAUACGUGGCUCAAAGGACAUCAGAAAUCCAAUGGUGAAUUUUGGGAGCCAGGAAGAGUGAUCCAUAGUGAGCUUCAAGGUGGCAAUAAAAGUCCAGUAACGCUUACAGCUUAUAUUGUGACUUCUCUCCUGAGAUAUAAAAAGUAUCAGCCUAAUAUAGAUGUGCAAGAGUCUAUCAACUUUUUGGAGUCUGAAUUUAAUAGAGGAAUUUCAGACAAUUAUACUCUAGCUCUUGUAACUUAUGCGCUGUCAUCCGUGGGGAGCCCUAAAGCCAAGGAAGCUUUGAAUAUGCUGACUUGGAGAGCAGAACAAGAAGGAGGCAUGCAAUUCUGGGUGUCAUCAGAGUCUAAACUUUCUGAAUCCUGGCAGCCACGUUCCCUGGAUAUUGAAGUUGCGGCCUACGCGCUGCUCUCACACUUCCUGCAAUAUCAGGUGUCUGAGGGAAUCCCGAUUAUGAGGUGGCUCAGCAGGCAAAGAAAUAGCUUGGGAGGUUUUGCGUCUACCCAGGACACCAUUGUAGCCUUGAAGGCCCUAUCUGAAUUUGCAGCUCUAAUGAACACAGACAGGACAAACAUCCAAGUGACUGUGAUGGGACCCAGUUCACCAAGUCCUGUAAAGUUUCGGAUUGACACACACAAUCGCUUUCUCCUCCAGACGGCAGAGCUUGCUGUGGUCCAGCCAACUGCAGUUAAUAUUUCCGCAAGUGGUUUUGGAUUUGCUAUUUGUCAGUUUAAUGUGAUUUAUAAUGUGAAAGAUUUGGGUUCCCCAAGAAGACGAAGAUCUAUUCAAGACCAAGAAGCUUUUGAUUUAGACGUUGCUGUAAAAGACAAUAAAGAUGAUACCAAUCACUUGAAUUUGAAUGUGUGCACAAGGUUUUUGGGCCCGGCUAGAAGCGGCAUGGCCCUUAUGGAAGUGAACCUCCUCAGUGGUUUCACCUUGCCUUCCGAUGCAAUUCCUCUGAGCGAGACUGUGAGGAAAGUAGAACAUGAUCAUGGAAAAGUCAACUUAUAUUUAGAUUCUGUAAACGAAACCCAGAUUUGUGUGGAUAUUCCUGCUGUGAGAAACUUUAAAGUUUCCAAUACACAAGAUGCUUUGGUGUCCAUCAUGGAUUACUAUGAACCAAGGAGACAAGCGGUGAGGAGUUACAACUCGGAAGUGAAGCUGUCCUCUUGCGACCUCUGUGGGGACGUCCGCGGAUGUGGGCCUUGCGAGAGAGGAGCUACAGCUUCCCUUUACCCCGCUCCAGUCACUGUGGGGCUCGGUGUCACGCUGCUGUUCCCUUUGCAGGGUUGGCUGUGAUUCCUUUUUUCAGGACUCCAUGUAACAUCGACAUUUCCAGAAGUCACACGUCUUGUUUUCAUGCUCAAGUAUCACUUCUAUUUUUGCAAAAUGAUUUUUUUUUCUUUUUAUGGGGUUGUGGGGGAUGGUGCACAAACAGGUCCUAGGACGUACAGGUGCACAGAUGUCUUCACCUGACUUCUGUGUAGAACAGAAAAUCAGAGUUCUGCAGUCGUGCGUCUUUAUUCUCCCCCUCUUAAAAAUCGUUCAGGAGUGUUUCAUGAAGGCGUUGUUUUCCCCAGAAUAAAUGUGUUAUUUUAGAUUAUUCUUUUUAUUUUCUAGAAGAAAUGAACCUAGGUUCAUUUCUAAGCAUUACUAUAAACCAGUGUUGGCUUUAGCAUUAAAGACAGAUGUUUGGGAACUGGGAGAAAGCAACCAGAAGGAGGAGCUUGCUCUGUUCCCUUCCCCCAUCCACCCACCCCUGCCCUCUGCCCCGCCUCACCCCCAGUGGUCUCAGUAUAUCCUUCUUAAUUGGAUAGCACUUCUUCCUUUUUAGUCGGGGUGAUUUUUUUUUUUUAAAGUGAACUGGUGUUUUUUUUUCACUCCAAUUAUAAUCUCAUCCCCCAACCUUUACCCUUCCUGUUUUUCUUCUGGAGAGAAGGAGAGAGGGAAUGUGUGAUUCAGAGCUUGAGGGGUGUACAGAAAACUGCCCUAAGGAGGAGUCCUGGGUGCACUGCCCUCCCUCUCACUUCCUCAGCCCCGCACAUUGGCUCUGGUUCAGGGAUGCGAGUCAGAGGGCAUGGCAGUAUGUGCCUUGGGUGAUUUAGACUAGAAGAUCCUAGGCCAGAAGAUGCAGCUUUGUUGGUAACGGGGGACGAUUAACCAGGGCACAACAAGAUCCUGUCGAAGACAGGACGUGGCAGGCUGACCUCCCUGUGGUCUGGCAAAGAAGCUGGGGCUUGACAGGGACCGAGAGAGGUAAACAUGACUGCUCACCUCAAGUAUGGUAGGGGGUUGCCCGGGGUCCUGUAGAAGCUUUCCUAGACUCAGGUGUCUGAGUGCAGAGAGCCAGCUGUCUGGUGACAUCUAAUGCUUGUGUGAAUCUUUAAGAUAUCUGAACUUUGAGCACCUGGAUAAAUGGUUACCCUGUAUUCUGAAGGGUAAUAUUCAUUUAUCUGGGUGAAAUUUUUAAGAAAAUUUUAAAGAAAAAUUCCUUUCCUUCCACCUCCCUCCUUUUCCUCCUUCUCUCUUCU